AACAGAACCGGUCCCGACCCUCUCCCGGCGUAAUACGCCCACCGCCGCCUCCCCUCUCCGUCCCUCUCUCGUCAUCCAAUCCCCCCUUCUCGUUUGAUCUUAUCGGUGAUUAAGAGCUGAAGGGUUCCUCGUGAUGAAGGAUGUGAAGGGAUCCUUCGAGCACAGCAUUGGAUGGAGAGCGGCGCAGAGCCCCAGAAGGACUAUUACAAAGUUCUGGAGGUUGACUAUGAUGCAACAGAUGAGACUAUCAGAUUAAGCUACCGAAGACUUGCAUUAAGGUGGCAUCCUGACAAGCAUAAGGGAAAUAGUGAUGUCACUGCAAAGUUUCAGGAGAUUAAUGAAGCUUACCAAGUACUAAGUGAUCCAGAUAAGCGACUUGAAUAUGACAUAUCGGGUAGUUAUGAGAUUGAUAGGUACAGUUUACGGGAAUAUCUUUCCAGAUUCAAAGGAAUGAUACUUACCUGCAAUGGUCUUGGUAUCAACCCUCCAUCAUGGUCACAGCAGCUGAUGGAAACUGAACCCAUUGAUCAAUAGGACUGGAUUUCUCAUUGUUGUCAUUUGUUUUUCCCCUCUUUUUUAUUCAGAUAUGCCCUUUCUUAUUGUCUUGAAACCGAGAAUCAUCACUACUGUCAAUUUAUUCUCCAAGUGAUACCAACAAAAUGGCAAGGAAUUCUCCAAGUGAAAAUUUAAAUGGAGAUCGAUGGGCAACUAAGGGACUUCAAUUUACUUGUUCUUCUACUUUACUUCAAUUGAAAUUCCUCAAGUUGGUUCAGACCAGUGAAGUUCUGCUGUUAUCAUCGCCGAUGUUCUUGAUCACUUCUUAUACUGUGUACACUUGAUCUGUUGGGAAACACUAGUCAAUGAUUGUCUUGUUCAAUCUGUGGAUGGGUCAUGCAUAUCCUAUGUUUUGUAUUCCCCUUCUUGAUGACUAAGAAAUACCAAUGAUUGUCUUGUCCAAUCUGUGGAUGGGUCAUGCAUAUCCUAUGUUUUGUAUUCCCCUUCUUGAUGACUAAGAAAUACCUUUCAAAA